AUGGAGCCUCCCAGCGAGUCAGAGAAGAACAGUGACUUCCAGUCACUUCUCAGCUGGGAUUCAAGCUUGGAUUUGGACAUGGGGAGCUGGAGGAAUACUGAAGAGGUGGCCGUGGGGAAGCUAGAAGAGAGCAGCCAAGAGGCAGACAAUGAGCUGGAGUUCAGUGAGCCUCUCUGGGGGGAUGACAGUGAAGACUACCAAAAGGCAGAGAGGCCAUGUGAAGACAACAGUCUUCUCCAGUUCUUCUCAGAGGUAACCCAGAUGAUGGAACCUCUCCGCAUUAGCAGCACGGAGUCAUCACAGGCUCAGUGGGGUUACUGUGGCCCUGGGAAGCAGGAUGAUGAGGAAGAUGUGAGGUGCCAGGAAAAGACCACAAGGACAGCAGUCUCAGGAGCAGAUGAAAGUCAACUCCACGUCCUGGCAGAUGAGAAAGAACGCUUCCCAGGAAGAGAGGACAAGACUCAAGAGACACCUGGAGAACAAGCUUUAGGUGAGCCACAGCCACAGGAGAUGAGUUAUCAGGCCCAGGAUCCAGAUGAUAGUGAUAACACCUCCGCAGUCCCCGCGCUGGACUCCACAAGUCCUGCCAACAUGCAGCUGGUGCAGCUGAGCUGGGAUAACCCCCCACAGCAUUUGCUCUUCAAAAGAACUCUAUUGUCCAUCUGGAAGAUGAUAGCCAGUCACAGAUACAGUGGCCCAUUCCUGAAGGCGGUGUCAGAGAAACAAGCCCCUGGCUACAGGGAUGUGGUGAAGAGACCCAUGGAUUUAACCAGCAUAAAGAGAAGACUGUCAAAGGGACACAUUCAGUCCAUGGUCCAGUUCCAGCGUGACCUCAUGCUCAUGUUCCAGAACGCCAUGAUGUACAACAGCUUCAACCACCACGUGCACCGCAUGGCCGUGGAGAUGCAGCGAGAGGUCUUGGAGCAGCUGCAGAUGCUGGGUGAAGCCCUCCUGUGCUCAAGGGACAGGCUGGGGUGGGGGAGAAGGUAACAAGCCGUCAGUGGGGCCUGUUUCUUUUGGAACAGUGGUGUCUCCCCGGCUCAAGAGGUCUGCCUGGGGCCCAGGGGAUGUGCUGACACUGCAGCCGUGGCCUUUGGCAGACCUAGCGGUGCCUGCCAGGUUGGUGGGGUAAGGAACUCGGGGUUUCUAGGAGGGGCACCGGAAGGGAAACUCCCCUUCUUCCCUGGGAAAAGCAGUAGCCCUGCAGCGAGAAAAGGGUCCUGGGACAAAAAAAAGAAAAAAAAAAGAAAAAAAAAGAAAAAAAAAAGAGAAAAUAAUCUUUGUGCCCAGCGGGGAUGGAUCGGGGCCCAGCCCCGUGGCGGUGCUGCCUGCGGGCCCGGGGCGCUGCGGCGCGGCUGGCCUGGGGCUGGGAGCGGGUUGCCGCCGCGUGUCGCCUCGGGCCGUGCGGGCGGUCGCAGCCCCCCGGUGUUCCGGCCUGUGCCCGCCGGGGAGCCCCGCGCCCAGUAAGGGCCCACGCUGGAACCGCGACCGCGCGUGAGUGACGGCCCGGGCGGCGGGCAGGGAGCCCCGGCGCGAGGGGGCGGCCCACGGGAAGCUCGGAGCGCGCGGGGUCAGGAG